GUGUCUCCGGCUCUUAUUUUGAGCUUCUGCUACCCGUUUUUACGUCAGUCGUCCCACCAUGCAGCGUGAACCUCCGAAGAAGAGGCAGGAGAAGAAGGUGGAAAAGCGGCUUUUUGACGCCACAUCCUUCGGGAAGGACCUGCUGGCAGGCGGGGUGGCGGCGGCUGUGUCCAAGACGACGGUGGCGCCCAUCGAGCGUGUGAAGCUGCUGCUGCAGGUCCAGGCGUCGUCCAAGCAGAUCAGCCCCGAGGCGCAGUACAAAGGCAUCGUGGACUGCCUGGUGCGGAUUCCUCGUGAGCAAGGUUUCCUCAGUUAUUGGCGUGGCAAUUUGGCAAAUGUUAUCCGGUAUUUUCCAACACAAGCUCUAAACUUUGCUUUCAAAGACAAAUACAAACAACUGUUCAUGUCUGGAGUUAAUAAAGAAAAACAGUUCUGGAGGUGGUUUUUGGCAAACCUGGCUUCUGGUGGAGCUGCUGGGGCAACAUCGUUAUGUGUAGUUUACCCACUAGAUUUUGCCCGAACCCGAUUAGGUGCUGAUAUUGGAAAAGGUCCUGAAGAGCGACAGUUCAAGGGUUUAGGUGACUGUAUUAUGAAAAUAGCAAAAUCAGAUGGAAUUGUUGGUUUAUACCAAGGGUUUGGUGUUUCAGUUCAAGGCAUCAUUGUGUACCGAGCUUCUUAUUUUGGAGCUUAUGACACAGUUAAGGGCUUAUUACCAAAACCAAAGGAAACACCUUUUCUUGUCUCCUUUUUCAUUGCUCAAGUUGUGACUACAUGCUCUGGAAUACUCUCUUAUCCCUUUGACACAGUUAGAAGACGUAUGAUGAUGCAGAGUGGUGAGGCUGAACGGCAAUAUAAAGGAACUUUAGACUGUUUUAUGAAGAUAUACCAACAGGAAGGAAUUGGUGCAUUUUUUCGUGGUGCCUUCUCCAACAUCCUUCGUGGUACAGGGGGUGCCUUGGUCUUGGUAUUGUAUGAUAAAAUUAAAGACCUCCUUAAUAUUGAUAUUGGAGGUAGUUCAGCAGGCGAUUAAAUUGAGAAAUGGAUAUGGUUAACUUCUUAAACAUACAAAUUACAUAGCUGCCAUUUGUGUACAUUUUGAUAGUGUUAUUCCUGUCAGUAUUUUCUUAAAGUGCUAAUUCUGCAAUAAAGCAAAGGCUUUUUUCAAGAAUUUAAAUACCAACAAAGCAGAUAAAUGCGAUUUCUUUACUAUUUAGAUUCAAACUCACUUUGAUGAGACAUUUACUUACUGUAAGUGGUACAUGUUAUUUUUAUUAGUUUAAAAUCUUUUUCUUACUUUUGUGAUAAGGUAAAAUGUACAAUGCUAAAAUCUAGGAAAUGAAAGUAUCUUCUUUUAAAAUUAUAUUAUUUUAACUGUCUCCCUAUCUUUUGAAAUCAUACGAUAUGACAAAUAUUUCUUAAAAGCUUAUCUGGAGAUGUCAUCAUGAUAUCUGUGAGCAUAAGUAAGCUUUCUUCUACAACAUCUUUAUUAAAGCAGCUCAGGUUAUUACUGCAUACAGUGUUUAUGGUAUCAUAUAGCUUUUAAUAAGCACAGAUUGUAUAUCUGAUUAUAAAAAAAUGAUAAUGACUUUAAUGACAUUGUAAACCUGUAGUUGGAAAGUGAAAGAUGUAAAGAUGGCAUAUUUGCUAGCUUUUAUCUUUAAGAUAAAAUCUUGCUAAAUGUGAAUGUAUCUUAGAACAAAAAUUAUCCCCUUGAAAAUUAGUUUGUAUACUUUGUAUUGAUAAAAAUAAAAACGUUUAAAACU